AUGGGCCUUCUCGAGUGGUUACUCGAGUGGGUGCGCAGCCUCUUCUGGCAGCAGGAGAUGGAGGUCACGCUUGUAGGUCUUCAGGGUGCCGGGAAAACGACCUUCCUGGCUGCCAUCUGCGACGGGAAGGAGUCGGUGCAGCUACACGACACGAUUCCGACGAUAGGCCUCAACACCCGCAAGGUCACCCGUGGCAGCGUCAACAUCAAAGUUUGGGACAUUGGCGGUCAACCGCGUUUUCGCGGCAUGUGGGAGCGCUACUGUCGCGGUGUGCAGAGCAUCGUGUUCGUAGUGGACGCGUGCGACGUGGCCCUAUUUGAGGAGGUUCGGCGAAGCCUUCACGAUCUCGUGGAGCGCCCGUGUCUCUCCGGGAUUCCGCUGCUUGUGCUUGCCAACAAGAACGAUCUCGAAGAGGCCUGUUCAGCCGAUGCGGUGGCGGCAGAACUGCAGCUGUCGAAACUCGCACAUGACCGCGAAGCGGCGUGCUACAGCGUGAGCGCGAAGAAUUACGUUAACAUCGAUGUGACACUCAAGUGGCUCAUGCGUCACUCUAAGCCUGUUUCAUCAACGUGA